UGUGCUGCCGGCAUGGUGAAGCGGGAGCCUGCUGGGGCGUCGGCGCUGGCGGCGGGGGGGCAGGCCGCUGCUGCCACCGCCGGGGUGAGGCUGUCCCGGCGUCGCUGGGUCGUGUUGCUGCUGUUCAGCAGCUACUCCCUGUGCAAUGCUUUCCAGUGGAUCCAGUAUGGCAGCAUCAACAACAUCUUUGCGCGCUUCUAUGGCGUGAGUGCCUUCGCCAUCGACUGGCUGUCCAUGACCUACAUGCUCACCUACAUCCCCCUGCUCUUCCCUGUCGCCUGGCUGCUGGACAAGAAGGGCCUGCGCCUCAUCUCUCUGGCAGGCUCGGCCCUCAAUGCCCUGGGUGCCUGGGUGAAGCUGGGCAGCCUGAAGCCGCACCUCUUCAGCAUCACCGUCCUGGGGCAGGUCAUCUGCUCCCUGUCCCAGGUCUUCAUCCUGGGCAUGCCCUCGCGCAUCGCCUCCGUCUGGUUCGGCUCCCGCGAGGUCUCCACUGCCUGCUCCAUCGCUGUCUUUGGGAACCAGCUCGGCAUCGCUGUGGGCUUCCUGGUCCCUCCAGUUCUGGUUCCCAAUGUGGAUGAUGCAGAGAAGCUGGCCUACCACAUCAGCAUCAUGUUCUUCAUGACUGCAGGCGUAGCAACAGCCCUAUUCAUCCUGGUCGUCAUAGUCUUCAAGGAGAAGCCCCUGCACCCUCCAAGCCGAGCUCAGGCCUUGGUCCAGUCACAACCGACGGAGGAGUAUUCUUACAUGCAAUCAAUCCUCCGUCUGUUCCGAAAUGCCAACUUCGUGCUACUUAUGGUCACUUACGGUCUGAAUGCAGGUUGCUUCUACUCCCUGUCCACUCUGCUGAACCGCAUGGUGAUCCAUCACUACCCAAGGCAGGAGGUGAAUGCUGGCAGGAUUGGACUCACCAUUAUACUGUCGGGUAUGGCUGGGGCUCUGAUCUCUGGCGUCUGGUUGGACAGAACCAAAACCUACAAACAGACAACACUUGUCGUCUAUAUCAUGUCUCUUGUGGGAAUGAUAGCCUACACCUUCACUCUGAGCUUAAACCACCUCUGGAUGGUCUUUGUGACUGCAGGCAUGCUGGGGUUUUUCAUGACGGGAUACCUUCCCCUGGGCUUUGAGUUUGCUGCAGAGUUGACAUACCCGGAAUCAGAAGGAACAUCAUCAGGGCUCCUUAAUGUCUCAGCACAGAUUUUUGGUAUUGCCUUCACCGUUUGCCAAGGGCAAAUCAUGGAUCACUUUGGGACGAAGGCAGGAAACCUAUUUCUUUGUGCCUUCCUGUUACUGGGAACCAUUAUGACAGCAUUCAUUAAGGCUGAUCUCCGAAGACAGCAGGCCAAUUUGGAUAACGAACAAACAAGACUCCAAGGCAGCAAUCAGAUCAUGGAUUAUGGGACUGUAGCUUGUAACCCUAACACCAUCAAUUCCCAUUCCUGCUCACUAGCUCAUACACAAAGAUGUCAGUCUUGCCCCACAGUGAGAAAGUGAUGCCAGAAGCCUGCACUGAUCCCAUAGUCCUUGAGGAAUCAAAGCUGUGAAUGGAGGGGUGGCUCCAUUCAGGGGAAUGCAGUCCCCCUCAUUCCCAUCUUUGCUACCAAACCCAUCCUCCUGUUAUAUGCACACCAUGGGAGGGGUGGUGUUGGAGUGGGGGGAAGCCUCAGGAUAGGAGCCCAGUGAAGAGUGUGAAAGAGCAAAACAAGAAGGUAGUUGCUCUCUUCAGUUACAUGUCUGCACGCUGCUCUUCUGGAGACUUUUCUGCUUGGGAAGAAAAGUUGGGAAAACCCACUGUUUUCCCCCCUACCCCAACGUGUAUGCUUGAAAAAGCACAGAGCUGAGAAUAGGUCCAGGCUAUCCCUGAGAACAAGAGGGUGGCACCCUGGAUGUGUCUGUCUCUCCUCUCACAGGCAAGCUGUGACAAAGUGCAGAAGCUGGACCAUGCUUGCUCUGUGAGCAGCCCUAGAAAAGCUUUCAGCUGUCUCUCAGGAUGAGGGAUUGCUCUGCUUUGGUACCUGUGAUGCUCUGUGUUGCACAGGCGAUGGUAGAGGCCUCAGCACAUCACCAGCAAGUGCUGGCUCUGGUUUUAUUACAUGGCUGUCCCAGAUGAAAUACUCUUGUGGAUAAACCCCUGCUUGGAAUUCACUGAGGUUGCCCUGAUGUUCCUAUAUGUUAGGAAUAAUUGAGAGACACCAAUCCUCCUACCUCGAGACAAGGACUAGUUCUGCAGCUUAUGUUGAAGCUGUAGCCUAAGCCUAGUUCAUCGCUACACUAGCCACAGGAAUGAGUCAAACCACAGGCUGAGGACUGUGUCUUCCUCCUUAAUGAUAAAGUGCCUUUUGCAUGUUUCAGUGCUACGUACAAACUUUUGUGAAGUGUUAUAUUGAGAUAACCAGCCAAGGCUGAGUAAGAUUGGAAUCCAGACCUGCUCCAGCAUGGAAGCUUCACACUUUGUAAUAAGAGAACAGGAGAAGCCCUCUUACCAGCAUUUGUGUCUCAUAGACACUGCCACUUUGUAUGCUGCUGUUUCUCUUAACACAAAUAUAGAUCCUCCUUCUUUUCUAGCAUUCCUCCACUGGUGGAGACAUCAAGUGUCCUUAUACUCCUUAAAUCAAAAGCCACAACCAGGUAGAAUGGAUAAAAAUAUUCCUCUCUGACAUACCAUUUUUGACAAAACUUUUGUGUGUGGGUGUGAAACUGCAGUCUUUGACAUGUUAAAAGAUUCAAUUCCUGUCUCAUAGGGAUUGAGGGUGAGUAUCUAAAAUGGCUUUUCAAUAGAAGUGUUUAUAUAUAUAUAUA